UUGAGACGCUUGUCUCUGCCACGUAGCUUCAACUUCCUGAUGUAAAGUCAUACAUUGUGUUGCUCCGAAGUUAACCAAAUGCAUCUUCAUCAGAAACAUUGUAAGAACAUGAGUCGAGAAAUGCCAACAUGGACUGAGCCUUGCUUGAACUGAAAUGUGUUUUUAGUUGAAGGAAUAGCAACUCAAUAUUAUGGGUUGCUCCACCCUGGCCCUCUCCAGUGUGGUGUCCACGCUUGGUGGCCUGGUCUUUGGCUACGAGCUGGGGAUUAUCUCCGGGGCUCUCCUCCAGCUCCAGGCCGAGUUCCGACUCACUUGUGUCCAGCAGGAGGCUGUGGUCAGUGCCCUUCUGAUCGGGGCCUUGCUGGCCUCCCUGGUUGGUGGUUGGCUGAUUGAUCGCUACGGCCGGAGGAACUCCAUCCUCCACAGCAACGUCCUCAUCCUGGCCGGGAGUUUGAUUCUGGUCAGCAACUCUUACUUGGCACUGGUGGUGGGCAGAAUCACGGUGGGCUUCGCCAUGUGCAUCUCCUCCAUGUCCUGCUGUAUCUUUGUAUCGGAGAUGGUCACCCCCAAGCACAGAGGUUUUUUGGUGACUCUGUACGAAGUUGGUAUCACUGUGGGCAUCCUGGGAGCUUACGCCAUAAACUAUAUCCUGUCCGAUGCCAGGCAGGGAUGGAAGUAUAUGUUUGGGUUAGCCAUCGUGCCUACUUUGGCUCAGUUUGUCUCCAUUUGGUUUCUCCCGUCCAAUGCCGGAACACCUGCAGCAGGCCAAAGGGCAGGUGCUCAAAGCCAAAGAGGUCUUAUUCAUUCCAUUGAGAAUCACAAAGUGGAGAAUUCGGCACAUGUUUCCAACAUACUCGAUAACCCACAGUACAGCUUUCUGCACCUCUUUCAACAGAAGGACAACAUGAGGACCAGGACUACCAUUGCACUAGGCUUGGUGAUCUUUCAACAGUUCACAGGUCAGCCCAAUGUGCUCUUCUACUCCUCAACCAUCUUUCAAUCAGUGGGCUUCAAGAGCAAUGCCUCGGCAGUGCUGGCGUCCUUGGGCUUGGGGGUAGUCAAGGUGAUCGCCACCUUGGUCUCCAUGGUGUUUGCCGAUAGGGUUGGCAGGAGGCCUCUGCUCAUUGGUGGAUGUAUAGUAAUGUCUGUGUGUUUGAUGACCAUAGGACUUUUGAGCGGGCGUUCAGUGGUCAACACCAACACACCCUGUAAUGCUGGGGAUUAUGUCAAUAACAGCACACCCCUAUCGCAGCUAACGGUGGAAAAUCAAUCAAACUUUGACAUUUCUGUCAGUCAACGCCUUGGACGUCACGAUAGGACCGAAGUAAGGCAUAUCGCUUACGAUGCUGAGAGAUCCUUAGGUACUUUGAUGCCAGUGGCUUCUCCAGCUGUCCACAAUGGAGUGGUGAACUGGAUCAUUUUAUUCUGUAUGAUGGCAGUCGUCAGUGCAUACUCAGUUGGAUUUGGACCAAUGACCUGGCUCAUUUUGAGUGAAAUAUUUCCUGCUGCGGUCAGAGGGAGAGCGUUUGCCUUCACAAACUGCUUCAACUGGGCUGCCAACUUAAUUGUCACAUUCUCCUUCUUGAAUGUCAUCAAUGUGAUUGGUUUGUCUGGGACAUUCCUUUCUUAUGGGCUGAUUGGAGUGGGAGCGGUGGUGUUCUUUUACUUCAUGUUACCAGAGACCAAAGGGAAAUCACUGGAGCAAAUAGACAGGGAGCUCUGUUUGAAAAGGGUACACAACAGUGAAGAAUGCUGUAACAUCCUUAGCAGGAGAAUCACUUCCCACGGGUAUCAAAGAGUGCACAUUGUUAGCUCAGCAACCCAAUGUUGAUCUGCAAGAAAAAUAACAGCAGUUUUCCAUUUCCAUCAAAAGUCAACCUAUACGGAGGUCAUCAUCUGGCAUCACCAUCAUCAGUUUAGGAGUCUGAGAUCGCUGAUCCACUGAGGGAGUCUUGCUCUAACCAAUGACAAUAUUGUCCUAUCCUUCACUUUGUUCUAUGUACAACCCAAGUAUGCCUAGCCUACAAUGUUUAUGUUUGUAAAAAUGUUUAACCAUUUAGAGAACCAUAAUGGAAAUACGUUUUCAAACUUUUGUGUCAUCCUCAAAGAUUUUAAAUGCAUUAUCCAAGUGUGGUUGUAUUGUGUUUGAAAUCAAAUAAAUCUAUAACCUCGG